AUGGAGCACGCAGACCCAUUCCUACAAGUUCAAGCCGAUGUGGUCUCAACCCUACAAACCAGCCGGCCACUCUUCUCCUCAUACCUCCGCAUCCGGUCACUAGCCAAAAGCCCCUCCAACCCAGAACUCAAGCAAGCGCGCUCGGAGCUCGAAAGCACAUUAACAGAGCUAACAGCCGACCUCAACGACCUCGUCGAGAGUGUGCGCGUAAUCGAACAAGACCCCUACCGCUUUGGCCUGGAACUAGAGGAGGUGCAGCGGCGGCGCAAGCUCGUCGACGAUGUCGGUGAUGAGGUCGAGAAAAUGCACCAGGAGCUACAGCAGACUGUCUCCAAUUCUGCCGUCGACACGCUGCCGAACCCUACCGAGUUUGAUGCGGCGCUUGAGGAGGAGGAGCGCGGCCGGGGCGGGGACGAUUAUUAUGCCUCUUUGGAGCAGCAGCGCCAGACUGAGCUUAUGCAUGAGCAGGAUGAGCAGCUAGAUGGUGUUUUUCGCACUGUGGGCAAUCUACGUCAGCAGGCUGAUGAUAUGGGUCGUGAGUUGGAGGAUCAGGCUGUCAUGCUUGAUGAGGUUGAUACGCUAGCGGACCGAGUUGGGGGGAAGUUGUCGAAUGGGAUGUCGCGUAUCAAACAUAUUGUGCGCAAGAACGAGGGUAGGAUUCGCUUUUUUAUUUUCCCGUUUACUCCUAAUCUCUACUGGAUGGACGGUUUGAUACAUGGUCCUCGUUUUGUAUCGCAGCACUCAUUUUCGUCCUCGUCUUAUUAUUAA